AUGGCGCAAAAUCGACAGCAAAUUGGGCUGCGGCCACUCGUGCUCAGGCAACCUGCAGCAGCAGCAGCAGCAGCAGCAGCAGCAGCAGCAGCAGCAGCAAAAGCAACAGCAGUAAGGAGGAGGGGUAAGGAGAAGCGAAGAAAUCGGUGCUGCAGCAGGUGCAGCUGCAGAACGUGCGCAGCAGCAACAGCAGCAGCAGCAAUACUACUAGUGAUACAAACCAGCAGCAGCAGCAGCAACAACAACAGCAACACCAUCAACAACAGCAGCAGCAUCAACAGCAGCAGCACUAUCAACAUCAGCAGCACCAUCGGCAUAACCAUGAUGAGCAGCAUGAGCAUCAGCAGCACAACCAUCAUCAGCAGCAUCAUCAUCAUCAGCAGCAGCAGCAGCAGCAGCACAACCAUCAUCAGCAGCAUCAGCAGCAGCAGCAGCAGCAGCAGCACAACCAUCAUCAUCAGCAUCAUCAUCAGCAGCAGCAGCAGCAGCACAACCACCAUCAUCAGCAUCAUCAUCAUCAGCAGCAGCACAACCAUCAUCAUCAGCAUCAUCAGCAGCAUCAUCAUCAUCAUCAUCAGCAGCAGCAGCAGCACAACCAUCAUCAGCAGCAUCAGCAGCAGCAGCAGCAGCAGCAGCAGCAGCAGCAGCAGUGGAUACAGUCUGCAUAAUUCUUCUCCGAGUUCAAAGUAG